AUGGCGCAGAACGUGUACCUCGACGACUGGGCGAUCCUGGGCGUGCCGCCGGGCAGCGACCAGGACGCCAUCCGCAAGGCCUACCGGAAGCAGGCCCUGCUGCACCAUCCGGACAAGGGCGGCGAUCCGGCCAAGUUCCGCCAGGUCGCCGAGGCCUACGUGGCGCUCAGCGAG